AUGUCUGGAACUUUACUCAAGGAAGAGCUGCUACAGUUGGACAACAAACGGCGAUCCAUAAUGAGGGAUAUCGAGGAAGCCAUGACAUUCCUCAACUCCACACCAGUAGGGCUUCGCGGCAGUCUUGUGGACAGCGAGGGGUUCCCGCGUGAUGAUUGCGACCUCUACGCCGUACGUCGUGCACGGCACACUGUAAACUGCGGGCACAAUGAUCUUAAGUCUAUCGAGGCUACCAUUCACGAGAAGCUUUCGCAGCUGCAUGAGGAAUGCCGCGGGGAGGCGGAGGAGCAGAUGCAGCGGGACAAAAUGAAGAAGAAAUCGGAGGACGAUCAACGAAGGCGGGACGAACAAAAGCAGGUGAUGUCCAGCAAAGAACCAUUCGUGCGUGUGGUAGACGUCGCGACUGGAAGCCCAGCUGAGGAAGGAGGCCUUAUAUGUGGUCACCUCAUAGUCCAGUACGGUGACGUAGAUGCGGAAAAGGUGUUGGAAGGAGGUUUCGGCGAAAUGGCGCGAGUUACAUCGAGUUAUGAGGGGCAGAUGUUGCGAGUGUGGGUACGUUCUCCCAGUGAUGAUGACUGUGGUGGGGCACGAGAGCUUUUUAUCGUUCCACAGAGAUGGAGAGGUGAGGGUCUUUUAGGAUGCACAUUUGAGCCAAUGAAAUUGAAUUAG